AUGGACGGAGAACCGUUCAUAGCAGACGUCAGGGUGAACGGCACAGACUUCGUGCCAUCUCUUGUCGACUAUGGCUGCCUCUGCUACGGCGCGGUUAGCAAGCGCACAUUUCACUCUCUCCAGUUGCCACAUAUACGCGUCCAGCCGCGCAUCUUGGAGAAUGCAGCGGGAGACGGCAAGGAGGUCAAAAUCGACAAGAUCACGUAUGUGUCGAUCGACCUCGAUGGACAUCAGCAGCAUCGUGUUUUCAUGUACGUCAUCGACGAUCUGAACUGGGAUAUGAUCCUGGGUAAACGAUGGAUGGAAGACCAGGAUGUUCACAUCCAUGCGAAGGAAGGAUAUCUCGAGAUCGGGUCCAAUGGAGUUCAAGUACGAGACCGACGACGUUACCAGCCUCCACAGCUAGAUGUCUCUAAUGUCAUGGCCGCAACCUUUUAG